GAGAUGCGCCAGGGAAAGGCCAGCGUCCUACAUAAAGAGUGCGGGACAGGGAGCCGGGCGGCACACACGGGGCAACACACCUUUCUGCACGCACACGACAAAAAGGCACAGCAGCAGGAGGAAGAGUCAGGAGAAGAGUGGCACAGAGUAAGGAAGAGAGGGGGAAAGGACAAAGGAAGAGAGGCAGGGAAUAACUGAGAAGAUAUGAUACGCUCAUGUGAAAAAGGGAUCCCUGCCUGGGUCUGUGUGGGCACCCUGCUCCUCUUAAUCUGCUCUGUCACAGUUAGAGGAGCUGCCCUUAAGCAGGAGGUAACAGUGGACAAUGGGGCCACGGUGCUGAAUCACUCCAUGAGUUUGGUGCAGCGUAUGGAGACCCUGCUGGCCCUGGGGAAUGGCAGUGAUGUCACUCUGCGGGUGCAGACCAUCAACACGGACGAGGUGAAGGUGAUCCAGGCCCACAGUCUGGUUCUCACGCUGCAGAGUGACGUGUUUGAGGAACUGCUGCUCAGUCGCAACAACAGCGCUGUGGUUUUGAGAGAGACGCCCGACUGUGCAGCUGUCUUUGACAAGUUUGUCAGGUAUCUGUACUGUGGUGACAUCUCAGUGCGGCUAGAUCAGGCCAUUUCUCUGCAUAAGUUGGCCAGCAAGUACCACGUGUGGGCCUUGCAACAGGGUCUGACCCAAUAUAUGACCCAGCAUCUGUGUAGUGAUUCGCCCUCUGGCCAUGUGAUUGGCUGGUACAACUAUGCAUUACAAAUUGGGGACAUGGUCCUGCGGGACAGCUGCCUGCAGUACCUGUCCUGGAACCUGUCUUCUGUGCUGCAGAGCGGAGAAUGGGGCUCUAUCAGCGAGGACCUGCUCCUCUCCUUGCUUCAGCGCUCUGACCUCAUUCUGCAGAGUGAGCUGGAGCUCUACGAGGCCCUGGAGGCCUGGAUUAGCCAGAACCAGCCUGUCAGUUCGACAGUUGAAAAUGCCCUAAGGGCUGUUCGGUAUGGCAUGAUCCCCCCUCAGCACCUCUUCCGUCUUCAGAAGCAGUCUGCCCUCAUGAAGAAGCAUUAUGAGUCAAUCCGUGAUCUGCUCUACCUUGCUUUCCAAUUUCACUCCGCCUCACCUAUCCAACUGGCCAAGUACUUUGAUGUCAACUGCAGCAUUUUCACUCCCCGUAACUACCUGUCUACCUCCUGGGGUUCCCCUUGGGUCAUCAACAACCCCACCCGUGAUGACCGCAGUUUCAGCUUCCAGACCCAGCUCGGGCCCAGUGGCCAUGACUCCAGUAAGAAAGUGACUUGGAACGCCCUAUUCUCCCCUCGCUGGCUCCCACUCAGUGCCAGGUCAUCCUAUACUGAGCUGGGUGCCAUGCAGCCUACGCGCACAGAUGGAGGUCGACCUCGCAUCAUUGUAACACCAGCCACUUCCAGUCCAGACUUUGCCGGUGUGAGUUUCCAGAAGACCGUGAUUGUGAUGGCAAGACAGCAAGGAAAAAUAGUGGUCCGCCACGUCUACAACUUCCACCAAAGCACAGAGGAGGCUGGGGAUUUCCUGGUGGAUGCCGACCUGCAGCGCCGUGCAUCAGAGUACCUGAUUGACAGCUCCCUCUAUCUGCACAUUGUAAUAAAACCUCUCUACCAUACCCUCCUUGUUGCCAGGAAGUAGCGACAGGAAUUUGGUGUGGCCUUACCGUUGGUCAUCCACGCUCCACUCUCACAGUCACAUGCACAUGCUCCAAAGUAAACUCAUAUCCCAGCCCGUCUUCAUGCUUCAUGUCUGUGACAUCUCCAUUGUUGAUUAGUUUGUGCAUUUUGUUGUCUUCCAUCUAUUCAACAAGGAGGUGUUUGAUACAGUAAAGGACUCACAAUAUAACGGCUCAGCAGUAAUUAUCACAGUAAUGAUGGUGGGUUUUACAAUAUUUCAUGCAUACAAAAAAAAAAACUUCACUGUACUGUAUUUGUUCAGGUAUUCUUUAGUCCAGCGGUUUGUUCUUUGAAUUUAUUAAAUCUACGUAAUGGUUAAUGUUGUUUGCAUAGGUGCUUUAGAAGUUUUGCUUUAAAAAUGUUAUUGCUGUCAUUUUUAUGCAUUUCACCAUUCAGCAGUCAAAUAUAGCUUUCAGUUCAUUUCACUUAUAUCCUGUGACAUACUCUUAUAUACUUGUUUGUGUUUACAUACCAAAAUGUGUAAAUUAAAGUGCAAUCCCAUUAUCAGUGUUCCUUUGAAUAGGUGACUGUAGUUGUCUUGCAAGCAGUGGUGGGGAAACUACAUUUAAACUGUAGUUUAGCUACUUCACAAUUAAAAGUAGCUAAAUUAAAUCUUAACUACAUUAAAAUAACUUGCUUGUUAAAGUGAAACUAUUUCCAAAAAGUAGUUCAACUACACCCAAACAACAGCACAGGAAAUGGUCACAAUCUGAGUCUAAAAUCUCAUAUUGUUACACGGACGUACAACUGAACUCACACUGCUUAAAGUGUAGGUGUGUUAGAUUUAGGGACGGGGGCAGGCCAAUCCUCAUCGAGGCAGCCUGAGGAUGAGUUUUAGGGAAAGGAGUUGUUGGGGUGGAAUCAAGAAAAUGCUAAAGUUAUAGGGACAUUCAUAGUCUUUGAUUGCAGACAACUGUCAUUAAAUGACAACUGCAGCUAAUUAGCUGUAGCAUUGUGCCAUUUUGUAUGGCAAAAAUACGUCAUGACAGUGCUUAAAAUAUGUAGUUUGUAAUUAACUACAUAAACUUCAUGACACAAAGUAGUUCAUUACCAAAAAAGCUACUGAGAAUUCAGUGUAAUUUACAUGUAGUUCACUACACCCCAACACUGCUUGCAAGACAGUGAGUCCUUUGGUAUUUUUUUUUAAUUUAUUUAUUGUUCCACAUGCAUUUUAUCUAAACCAAUAUGUGAUUUUCAUCCUGAAACAAAAAAUAUUAAUAAAAGACA